AGUGGGGAUAGCGUCGGAGCUUGAGGGAAAGUUGCGACCUCGGCUGAUGGGGCGGCCUUGGCAAGGUUGCUCAUCACAUGAUACUUGUCGUUGCACACGCCUUGGCAUGCCUUAGCCUUGUGCAUACAAACACCAAAGUCAACACGCGGCAUCUCUACAACAACAUCACUACUAGUAGCGAGAUUGGAGCUCCAGCUCCAAGUCAGGUGACCCGCCUGCGCUUCUGGCGAAAGAACAAGGACGCCAAGGACGCCACCCAGGGCCCUCUUCUUAAGCCAUCCACGACCGCACAGCCCACGCGACAGUCCGACACACAAGGCCGUGCAAGUCACGAACGGCACGAGCCUGUUCCUGAUGGACCAGAGAGUACCGGCGUCGCAGAAGCACAUCAUAAUAUUGACAGACGAGAAAGUGUCGACUUGAGUGACGGUGCAUGGACGGGUGAGGGCGCUGCCAUAGAUCGGCCAGUGUCGUCUGAUAAAUCUGGACCACCUCGAAUUCCACCGAUGUCAUCUUUGGGAUACGCAUACAAGCGUGUAGGAGGAGAUGAUGAAGUGAGUAUCUCUAGUCUUGAAGACAAUCAGGUAGAGCCAUCACCACAUGUGACCGAUGGAAGGGACAGUCACAACGAGCGCGUGGAGUGAUCGAGGGGGUAUAGUCAAUCUUGACGCAGUCUUCUUUGAUAUGCAACUGGGCGAGUAGGCAAAGCGAUGGAAAUUGGACCGAUAAUUAUU